GUGGGAACACACGCGCUCGUGACACGAACUAUAAUGUACUCGCGAAAUAUAUAUUUACUUAUAAUUUAAAGUGAUUAUAAUUCUAUAACAAUAAAAUAAUAUGUGAUAAUAAUUUAUAAGGCUACCAACUGUGAUAUUGUGUAGAUAAACUUUUUUUAUUAAACUUUAUUAGUGCAAUUUUAGUGUUGUUUUCAAAAUGAGUGACGAAAAAGCGGACUCAACCCCAAUCAUCAAGAAUGGGAAAGGCUUACCUCUCAUCUCAAAGACGCCUCUACCAGAGAAGCCGGUUAAAUCCAGUAAGGCCGACCGGGGGAAGGCUCUCAAGCAGAUCCUGGCGUCUUUCGUGGCUAACCUGGGCACCAUCAACACUGGCAUGGCCUUCGGGUUCUCAGCCACCGCCCUGCCACAGAUGAAGAAAGAAGACUCCUCCAUACACAUCACUGAAGACGAGGCGAGUUGGAUAGCUAGUUUAAGCGCAGCCGGGACGCCAAUCGGCUGCGUUUUAAGCGGCUACCUGAUGGACAACAUUGGUAGGCGGCCGACCCUUAUCAUCACAGAAAUUCCUCUCAUCCUCGGCUGGUUGCUCGUUGCCUUCGCGCAGAAUGUGCCUAUGAUAUAUAUCGGUCGGCUGCUCAUAGGCCUAGGAUCCGGCAUGGUAGGAGCACCAGCCAGAGUAUACACCUGCGAAGUGUCACAGCCACAUCUCCGAGGCAUGUUGGGAGCCCUGGCGUCUGUGGGGGUCUCCACUGGUGUUUUGAUACAGUACGUAAUCGGCAGUGCGACAUCAUGGAACAUUCUAGCUGGGAUAUCGGCCAUCGUCCCUAUAGCGUCGCUGUUAGGAAUGCUGCUCAUACCAGAGUCCCCGAACUACCUCCUGACUCAGGACAAGAGGGAGAGGGCAGAGAAAUCCCUCCUCAAGCUGAGAGGGUCGACAUGUGAUGUUGAUGGGGAGAUAGCAAGGAUGAUCGCGUUUAAGGAGAAGAAUCACGUAGAGCCACUAAAAGGACCUAAAGAAAUUAUAAAGGCGGUUCUCGCACCAUCUGCUAUGAAGCCGUUCUGUAUCCUCGCGAUCUACUUCUUCAUCUACCAGUGGUGUGGAGUCAACACCAUCACCUUCUACGCGGUUGAAGUGUUUGGGGCAUCCGGGGCGACUUUGGACAAGUAUUGGCUGACCAUAUCUAUGGGCAUUCUUCGCGUCAUCUUCACUGUCGUUGGCUGCAUCAUGUGCAGGAGAUUCGGAAGGAGACCCCUUACUUUUGUUUCUGCCAUCGGCUGCGGUUCGACUAUGAUCUCUCUGGCCAUCUAUAUGUAUUUCGUGAGCUACUGGAAGGCCAACAACCAGCCGCCCAUGUACUCCUGGAUCCCAGUGGCCAGUAUCUUCAUCUUCAUGAUCUGCUGUACCCUCGGGUAUCUUAUUAUACCCUGGGUCAUGAUUGGUGAAGUGUAUCCUACGCAGGUACGAGGAGUGAUCGGUGGUCUAACAACCAUGGCUGCUCACCUCUCCGUGUUCUCCGUAGUCAAGACCUUCCCCUUCUUGAAGCACGCUCUCAACGACUACGGUGUCUUCGCUCUUUACGGCUCUAUGUCUAUAUGUGGUAUCGCCUUCUUCUACUUUUUCCUGCCUGAGACAAAAGGUAGGACCUUGCAAGAAAUCGAGGAUUACUUCUGUGGGAGAACCAAAACUCUGAAGAAGAACAGCUCACUUGAUAAUGCGUGAUAAAUUCCUUGAGGAAGAAAACUUAAUUUAGUGUACGAUUACGAUCACGAGGUAGUUAGAGGUACAGCUGUAUGAUGAACUAUGUACCCGCGUUACCGACCUUAUUAGACCAACGUGGUGGCAUGGAAUAAGGAAUAAUACUACGUAUAGAACGGCAACUCUCCGCUCCCCACCAGCGGCUGAGCUAGGUUUACCUCAUCCCCUCUCGGUGUUACUUUAGUCUUCAAUCGUAUGGGCGUCAGACAUCACACACAGAUGCGCGUGUACGAUAUCGUCAAUGAGUAGUGUCUGUACAAAACGAGGUGCUUUAUAUGAAGAGUCCGGGUUGUAGUGGUGAUAAGCUAUAUCGCCGUCUGUAAUGGUCGAUAGCCAACUAAGUUAGUUAUCCGAGGCCGAUAUUACGAGAAUGAGGAUCAAAGAUCACAAGAGUUCUGGCUCAUUAUUAAAAAUAAAUUGAAUUGUUUUACUAUUUACUGAAACAUUACUUAAACUAAACGAAAGAAUGGAAUGACGAAUAUUUGAUCCGGUAUGAUAGACAAGAUCAUUUUGGCUAGACCAGACUAUAGAAAUAAAAUAAACACAAAAAUUUGGUGUUAUAUUAACGUAAUAAUUUAAGUGAGGAUGUAUUUUUAGAACGCGUAAGCGCGAAAAAUACUCUAUAUCUAUGGUUAAAAUGUACAAUUUUCGAACCCAGUUGAAUAUUUUUCAAAGUCUGAAUGUUUGUGCCUUAAGAGUUAAGAUAAAAGUAAAACUGUAUAUUUUGAUGAAGUAUUAUGUUGAACUAACUCGUAUAUUUUAAUGAUUAUGAGAAAUAAUAUAUUUUUAGAGACAUAUUUUCAAUGUUAGCUGCCUUUAGGCAAAUGGAGUCUAUGUAAGUUCACUUGGUGCAAUUUGUAAGUAGAAUUUAUUAAAGUAAGUGCCUUCAUAUUUGUUGCUGGACAAGUAGAAUGACUGUUGUCAUAUUUCAUGGAAGUAUUUUUCAUAUCCUUAUGAAACUUAGAUAUAUUUUAUAUAUAGAUCCAAAUUCGAUUCUGCUCCGCACCAGUCUUGUCAACCUUGGCAGUUGCUUCUAAAUACAUUUUUUUUUACCUUUGAUGGGUUUGCUCUUGGCCCCAGACUUGCCCGAAGGCAUUGACGAGGCCUAAGAUGGAACGAGCUCGCCCAGAAGAUGCUUGUAACUUUAGUCUUGAAAUCACCCGGGUUAUAUGCAUUCGGAAAUACAGAAGACGUCAGAGAAUUUCAGUCCUUAGCAGUGCGCGUAAUAAAUAGGUACUUACUUAAAGACGGUACUGAAGUAUCGACGCCCGAAAUACGUAACAUAAGAUCCCCAUGAGCCGAUUACUCUAGCCAUAGAGGCGACCAAUCAGCUCGACAAACACUUCAGGACUCGCAACACCGACCCACCGACGUGGUCGACGAUAUUAUUCAGCGCUUAUCGCUAGCCCACUAGGGUCGAUUAAUUCUUUCAAAUAAAGGUAAUCUUCUGAGACGACAGACGCUGAGGUUCGCACCCAACUGAGCACUCUUAAGCUUGCCUUAAAUUUUUUACUGGGUGUCAUUUGCGAUAAAUGUACAAUUAAACACAUCAAAAAAUGUAUACAGAAUUUAUAUACGAGUGUAUACAAUUUUCAUGAAUUUUCCGACAGGAUAUUCCACUUGAUGUCAAUUCAGAACCAUGGUCUUCAACAUCCCCCUCAGUAUUCGUUACGAUGACACUAACACCCUGUACGUAUAUAGGUUCAAAAUGACCACGCCCAAAAGUCAUUCAAGUUAAAACUUUUAAAUUAUCUAUAAAAAUACAAAUAUGUAAUUAAAUCAAUAUACAGCAUAGUCAGCAUUGCAUAAUAUGAAUAAAUGAUAAGCAGCAGAGAUUAUUAAUAAAUAAAUUAUGAUAUUAUGCAUUUUGGUACAUAUCACACCACUGGUCGUACCACUGUUAAUGUAUAGUUUAGUUUAAGUAUUUAUAUAAAUGUUUAAGUAAGAAUAAAUGAAAGCAUUUGUGAUAGAAUAGUCUUACACGUCAAAGAACAAAAAUAAAUACAAGUACAAACUGU